AUGGUGUUGGGUGGAUACAUCGGGUUCGUCUCCCUGCGAGUUUUGAAGAAGUCGUUAAGAAGUCGUGUCAAACUUGCUUCCAACGUCGCUAUGCGUGAUUCGAAUGCGGCCCGUUUGGCGUCUCGACCUAUUGAUUCACGUAGCGGUAAAAGUCGCGCCGCUGUGGACGAAAAAAUAUUGUCCUGCGUUGAGGUGUCGAGUGGGUUUGAUGUCGACUACCAAAAACACCGCAAACCAUCCAUAUUACAAAUUAUAUCCUCAACAUUUUUUCAACAAGAACUGAUUGUGAAUGAUAUUAGGGUAGCAGUUGUUUUUGCCAACAUUGAUGCGAUCUAUAGAUAUCGCGAAGAGUUAACUUCAGUUGAGCUGGUUGGAGUAGAUGCUACAUAUAAAACUGUUCCUCAAGUGCCAGGGAACUUACGAUCUUUCCUAACAUUUCAAGUACUCUACAAAGAUGUUGCAUUUCCAAUGGUCUAUGCCCUUUUGAGGAGUGAAACAAAAGAAACUUACUCUUCAUUAUUAACAGUAAUACGCAAUAUUUUACCUCUUCGUUAUAAUAGAAUCAGUUUUGUCACUGAUUAUGAACGAGCUCUUAUGAAUGCUAUCAGGGAAAUAUUUCCAAAUAGUCAAUUAGUAUCUUGUUGGUUUCAUUAUACAAAGGUUAGAAAUUAAAUAUGCAAAAAAGAGAGGGAAAAUACAUCUAUAAUGAUAAGAGAAUGCGUACAGCAGCUGAAUAAAAACGGUGACUUAUUGAUGUUUUCG